UUUGAGUGACGUUUGGUUCCCAAUCAACCUCUUCCUUUUUGUUUCGGCCAUUUUUGCCGAAACGUUGGUGUUCUUUUCUGGUCACGUAUCUGUUCGUGUCCGUUAGAUCACUUUAAUAAAGUUCAAUCAAGAUGGUGCAGAAGAAGCCUAAGAAGAAGGUCGGAAAGAAAGUAGCGGCCGCCCCUCUGGUCGUGAAGAAAGUUGAACCUAAAAAGGUUGUAAACCCUCUAUUCGAGAAGAGGACAAAGAAUUUUGCUAUAGGUCAAGAUAUCCAGCCAACGCGUGACCUGUCUCGUUUCGUGAAAUGGCCCAAGUACAUUCGUAUUCAACGCCAGAAGGCAGUGCUCCAGCGUCGUCUCAAGGUGCCCCCACCAAUCAACCAGUUCACUCAAACUUUGGACAAGACCACAGCAAAGGGUCUGUUCAAGAUUCUCGAGAAAUACAGACCUGAAACUGAAGCAGUCAGGAAGGAACGCCUGAGGAAAGCUGCUGAAGCUAAGGUCGCCAAAAAGGAAGAGCCCCCAGCGAAGAGGCCAAACACCAUCCGCUCUGGAACUAAUACUGUCACCAAGCUGGUCGAGAAGAAAAAGGCUCAGCUUGUCGUGAUCGCACAUGAUGUGGAUCCCAUUGAGUUGGUACUUUUCCUGCCAGCUCUGUGCCGUAAGAUGGGUGUACCGUACUGUAUUGUAAAGGGCAAAUCCCGUCUUGGAGCCCUUGUACACAGGAAGACAUGCACAUGUUUAGCUUUGACACAUGUGGAGUCCGGUGACAGAGCCGCCUUCUCGAAGGUGGUCGAGGCCAUCAGAACUAACUUCAACGAGCGUUAUGAAGAACUCCGCAGACACUGGGGUGGUGGAGUGCUCGGUAACAAGUCAAACGCGCGCAUCGCUAAGCUCGAGAAGGCCAAAGCACGCGAGCUCGCGCAGAAACAGGGCUAAAACUAAAUAAAUACUUAUAAAUA